UAUAUGACACUUGGUAAUGAAGAAAACUGUCCAGUAAUGGCAUAUACUUAAUGUAUAAUUGAACAGGUGACAAUAUAUACUUAGCAUAGGAAAAAAUAAGAGUAAAGUUUAUAUGGUUAUGAUAACAUUCCCAUUCACGGCUUUAAUUCAGGUUGUCUUGUCGAUAGUCGAUAGAUCUAGCCCGUGGGAUCUUUGCAGGCAAAAGUAAUCGACAUUAUCCCCGAUCAGCAGUGAAAAUGGCAGAUUUGUCAACGAAGCAGAUAAUGCAAAAAAGUGCAAAUAAUGUAAAAAUUUCACCAGGAGCGGUUGUAUGUGUGGAAAGUGAAAUUAAAGGUGAUGUGACAAUUGGUCCAAGGACAGUUGUCCACCCUAAAGCCAGGAUUAUUGCAGAGGCGGGGCCAAUUGUCAUUGGAGAAGGAAAUUUAAUUGAAGAGCAGGCAGUGAUCAUGAACAGUUACCCUGAAGCCAUUACACCGGAAACUGAAGACUGGGAUCCAAAACCAAUGGUCAUUGGCAUCAACAAUGUAUUUGAAGUGGGAUGCAGUUCAUAUGCUAUGAAGAUUGGUGACAACAAUGUGAUAGAAUCAAAAGCUAUUGUAGGUAAAAAUGUCAUUUUGACCAGUGGCUGUAUUGUUGGAGCCUGCUGUGAGGUGAAUACCUGUGAAGUAAUUGCUGAAAAUACUGUCAUCUAUGGGUCAGACUGUAUGAGAAGAGUACAAACUGAACAACCUCUGCCACAGACACUGCAGUUAGAUUUUCUGAUGAAAAUUCUGCCAAAUUAUCACCAUCUGAAGAAAACUAUGAAAGGGAGCUCCACUCCUGUCAAGAGCUAGGAACAUCGCUCAGUACAUUCCUGUAACUUAUAACUUAUCAACAACAGCUAUGUUGAAUUUUGAAUGUUGUUUUCCAUCUUCAAGAAAAGUGACUUAAGUUAUCCAUUCCAGGUGUUUUAAGUGAUAUUUAUGAUUAUUGUAAGGUCUGUGCUAUUAAAGGUUUCAUACCCAA